GGUAUUUAUGCGUUCGGAUAUACCACACUUUAACAGAGAUCUUCAAAAUCUUUGUAUUUUCUGUUAUAAAUUUGAUUGACAAAAGAGAAAUGUCAGGAGAUAUAAAUAUGCUCACUGAAAAAUCUGAAUCAAGUCCCGUGUAUGGAGGAUGUGAAGGACCUGACGCUAUGUAUGUCAAACUUGUCAGCAGCGAUGGUCACGAAUUUAUAAUAAAAAGGGAACAUGCAUUAACUAGUGGAACUAUAAAAGCUAUGCUUAGUGGACCUGGUCAAUUCGCUGAAAAUGAAGCUAAUGAAGUGAACUUUCGUGAAAUUCCAUCACACGUUCUACAGAAAGUUUGCAUGUACUUUACUUAUAAAGUUCGAUACACAAACAGUAGCACUGAAAUUCCUGAAUUUCCAAUUGCUCCUGAGGUUGCUAUAGAACUUCUAAUGGCUGGUAAUUUUUUGGAUUGUUAGGCACUAUUUUAAAUGAUAAUUUGUCAAUAUCAACUGGUAAAAUGGUUUUAAGGAAAUAUUAACGAUAAAAAGAAUUAUAAUAUUUCUAUUUUUGGUUUCUUUUUCAUUUUUUAAAGUUAAUAUUCAAUCAUUAUUAUAA